ACGUUAAAAAUAAAUGAUAGUGUUUACUACCUCACAGAAGCUUUUCGAGAAACCUGACUCGAUACAUUUUAUGUCGAACACUCCAAGAAACAUUAGAAUGCGUCACACCGACAUUCUAAUGUAAAAAGAAAAACAGAAUAAUUAGGCAGUAUGGGCAUUGUUCCCCUUACCUUCUCUGAAAAGGGAGAACGUAACCAAAAAAAAAAUAGAACUAAAAAAAAAAUUAUUUGUUUGUUUGGCCUUUGUCCUCUUUGCAUCUGAAUCUAAAAUUAACUUUAAAUGACACAUCAUAAGGUUGAUUUUCGAAAAUAAUAGAAAGCUUUUGUAAGUCUAUUGUAGUCUGUGCUCCAUACCAAUCUCGACGUAAUCACCUGAUGUCAUGUUUAAAAGAAUUCUAAUAUAAUUUAGUGUUUUCCACUUUGUAUUUAUUACCCACUGCGUCAAUAAAAUAAAUUCUAGUGUUGUCUCUUCGAGUAUUGAAUUCCCUAGUUCCACUAUUAUAAUUGAUAUAUAUAAAUUCCUUAAAAAAAAGCUAUUGUGAUAGUGCGUUCUUGUCCAAUUAUUGUUUUGGUACGAAAAUGGCUACCAAUCAAGUUCCCAGUGCUUCUGCACCUGAAGAUUUGCCGCCACCGUAUUCAGCAGUGGUUGGAAACCAACCAUUUGGUUUUGUUGUCCCUGGAGAGGCCAACCCCGCCGGAGGCUACCCACAUCCACAACCACCUAAACAGUUUACUGCUCCUGGAGUAUACCCGCAUCCACCGGCUGUAGUAGCAACUACGCAACCUCAUAUGGGCAGUGUACCUCCCCCACCGCCAGGUCUGCCCAUAGGAGUCGUAAUGCCAGGGCCUGCAGUGGGCACUGAACCUACAACGAUAACAUGCUUUAACUGUGGAAAAGUUGUUACCACUAGAGUUACUUAUACAACAGCUUGGCAUACCCAUCUAGUGGCUGGCUCUGUCUGUGUUAUCACUAUGUUCUGUUCACUGUGCUGCCUGGGGCUGGUGCCAUACUGCUUUGACACAUUCAAAGAUGCUGAACACUACUGUCCCAACUGCAAUACUUUUAUUGGAAAAAGUAACAAGUGUUAGUAAAUGUCCAGUGACAGUUACUUUUGUAUACAGGUACACAUUGGACCAGUCUAAUGAAUAAAUUAUUUAACCUUUUGGACUAGGUACAUUCUUACAAGUUUAUUGUGUACAAUUGUCAUGUAAAGUCAUGUCAAUUGUCUAAAUAGAUUAAAAUAUCUAAAAUGUAAAGAAAAUUUUAGUAGAAAAAAAAACACUCGGUCCAGACAUCAGACAGGAUUUGAACAUGCACCUUCUGCUAUCAGCCUGGAUAAGUGCUUAAAAAUAAAAAAAGUAUAUAAAAUAUCAAUCUUAUGUCUAAGUUGCCAUGUCAAAAAUAUGGAAGUGAAAUGCUUACAAAUUAUCCAAAAGGUUAAAAAAUAAUUAAUAUGUUUUCUUUGGGGUUUUUAUGAAAUCUACUUAAGUUUUGUCUGUUCAACUUCUAGCAAGAUUUGUAAGAAUUUUUGUGAUAUGAUAUUAAUUGUGCAUCUUUUUUUACUAUUUAUUUUAUUCACUGUUUUUUCAUAAUCAGUAUUUAUGUAUACCUCUUUGUGUUAUCAACUUAAUACAUAUUUAUUUAGAAGGAUUAUGAAAUUGUAAUGUUGUAUUGAUACUUAAGGUAAAAUGCAAUGCCAUGUGCUAAGACUUAUGGGCUGGCAGAUCAUCAAAUAUGCUCCAUCAUAAAAAAGCCAAAAUAUGGUAUUUUGGGCAAAAUGUGGAGCAUACUCCACAUUUUGCAUUGGCCAGAUCUUAAUUGUUAUUUAAGUAAAAGAUAGUGGUCAGGUUGCCGACCCACUAUUGUCUUCAAAUAAGCUAAUAUUAUAGUAUUUGCAAAUCAUAGGGAAACACAUUCCAUAAAAGUGGUGCAUGCUAGCUAGAAUUAGCUUUAUAUAUCUGGGAAUUUACCUGUUAUUGUAACAAAAAAAUAAGUGACUGAUAUUUGUUAGACUGAAUAUUAGAAGAAUUUAAUAAUACAAUUUUAGAACAAGCAUUUGCAACCACAGAACCUGUCAAGGGUCAGAAACGUCAAGAAUAUUAUUAAAAGUAAUAAAAAUGCUUUAUCCCUGUUCAAAAUUUGUCUUAUUAAAAGAUUUGUGUGAGGAAACCAAGAAAUAUCAGAAGAAUUUCUCAACAUGUAAAUGUAACACCAGUAAAGUUUGUUUAUGAUCAAUUAAAAACACAACAAUUGCCUUAAUUAUACUUUAAUGUAAUGCAAAUUAAAAAUAUGUGAAAGUAGUCUAUGAUUGUGACAAUAAGGUCUAAAUUUUUUUUUUAUUUAAAUUAGAUAAGUUUCUUAAUUGGGGUUCCAUACCUUAAUAUUCAAAAGUGAGCUGUGAAUUAAUCAAACUCCUUAUUGAAUGUAAUCGAAAGAUAUAAGUUUUGGCUGGAUUCUUGCCCCUCAAGGGAAGAUGAAGUUUCCAGUUGACCUAGAUCAUGAGAUAUUUUGGGAAAAUGUAAUCAAAAGUAGCCCAUUAGUAUACCAAAUGCAAAUACAUAAUAAUCUUAUUUUUAUUUGCUUAACUAACUUAAAAGUUAGUAUGGAACCCUCAAUGUGCAAGUCCAACUUGAUCUUUGUUUAUUAAAAUACUGGUAGCUAUACAACCAGACAAACAUGAUGUCCAUAAACCAUAGAUAGCACAGUAGCAAUUUUACAUUAAAGGAACAUAUAUGUCUACUGUAUAUAUUUAUCUAUGGUUUUACGCAAGAUGUUUGCUGAUAACUACAAAUUUCAAGUCAAUAGUAUUUCUUCAGAGCAGUUCUACUUUGCUUUGUUAUUAAAAAUUUGUGGCCAUACAGUUCUACUUUGUCUAGUUCUAUAAUGUGCUAAGUUUAAUUAAAAAAAUAUUAAAGGAAUGUUUCUUUAAUUUUAUAGAACUUUUAAUGAGGUGUGAUUUUUUAAAAUUAUGAAUACUUAUUAGUUACAUUUGCCUCUUCAGUAUAUUUUUAUCUCAAACUUUUACAUACAAGUCCAUAUCAUAUUAUCAUUCACAAUUGUACAUGUAAAUAUCAUCGGCACAGUUAUCUGUAGAUAAGAAUACACAACAAACUUUCAGAUACAAGAUAAAAACCAGGUUACCAUUCAAAUGAAGUAGGUAUGUUAUCAAUAAUCAUUUAGCAGUGGAUGGAGAAAUUUACCAUUAAUAAUGAUACUCAAGUGUUAAUCUAGUUCAUACUUUAACUGUGGCUAAUAUAUCCAUACAAACAGAAACAAUAGGAAACAAAGAGCCUCCACCUCCUCACACAGUUCUAGAUUUACCCCAUACAGUCACAAUAGCUGUUGUUGAUCAACUAAUUAUAGUACAAGCACCACUUCAAGACAAUGCUUCAUUUUACAACUGCAACACUUAUGGAGAAAGAAUAAUAAACUAACUAGAGUUGAAAAAGUUAACUCGCAAAAAACACAUGAUGGCUGGAUUUAUAUGUGGGAUGAUAUGGUAAGCAAUUUUUUGUAGCUUAAUAUUCAAAUAAGAUACAAUAACAAAAUUAAUUUGUUGCACUAUUGCAGUUGGUGUAUGCUGUGCUGCCUUGGUGCCAUACCUUACAUUAUACCAGUCUUGAAGAAAUCUAAACAUUACUGUCCCAAUUGUAAUAGUUUUCUAGGAGAGCAUACAAAAAUAUGAAUUAAAUAAUAUUGUGUAAUCUGAUAAAACCAAAUCAUAUUAUUAAUUUUAGACGCACAGAUAUUGCCUGACUAAUAUGCCAGAAAACUACAAAAAAAAGAUUAAAUUAAUACAGGUGGUAAUUUGUCAUCAACAGUAUUUUACAGAAAUAUUUUUAGUAUCCAAUCAUCAUACUAAAUAAUCAUACAUAUUUAACUCAAUACACACUUUACUAGACAAUAAUAACAAUUUCUUAAUGUUUUACACAUUUGUAACAGUUUAUCAAAGAAGUAAAUCUGUUUAUAUUAACUAUAGGGCACUUGAAGCCUGAAGCAAUCUGAUGCUAUCUUCCAUUUUCCAUCGACAGCUACUAUUAGAAAAGUUUGUUGAAAGGGUUUUUUGAUGUCAUCAUUUUGGUAAGUGACAUCUCCACAAGCUUGGAUGAGGUAAGUGAGUUUAUUCGAAACAAGGUUCUCUGAUAUUGGUUGAGCAUCCAAAGUUUUUAAAACGUGGGUGCUUGCAGGUAAAUCCAUGAGGAAUUUUUGAAUUUUAUCAUUCCCGUUUAUCCCAUUUCCAUUCCACACCAAUAAUCCGGUAUCUAAAUACAAUUUGGAGGUUAAAUGUCGACUGUUGUCUACUUGUUUAUAAAAUACUCUAGUAAAUUCUUCAGCCGUUUCACAAGCGUUGUCAAUAUUUUUCACGGCAACCUCGGACAUUUUGUAGCGUCUUGAAUAAUAAAGUAAUUAAUGGUACUAAUAAAAAUAGUAGUUUCGCUAUUUUUUUUUUAUUAUAAUGGCUCGCACGGUUUGUACAUUGGCCACGACAGGGUAAAAGGUAAGGAAACCAAAAUAAUGAAAUAAAAUGGUUGUGAAACGGAAUUUGGAAGGAAGGAUUAGGAUCAGGUAGGUACGUAAAAUUUGAAACGUAAGUAAGUAAUAGGUCUAUUUAAGUAUAUAAAAUACAUUACAUUAUUUGUUAUAAAUUAGGUAUUUAUAAUUUUAUAUUAUGUUUAGUUAGGAAUUCAGAUAGCUUGUUAGAUAUAUUAUAAUUUUUAUAAUACAAUAAGGAAGGAAUAGAAGUAGGGAGAGGUACAUUAAGGGAUAUUAAUGAAUCCAUAAAAGAGGCGGAAUCAUUGAGGGGACACUCGAAGAAGAUGUGAUUUAAGUCUUCUGCUCCAGUACCACAAGCACAAAUAUUAUUAUUUACUAUGCCCAGUUUAGCCAGGUGGGAAGAAGAACAGUUAUGACCUAGGCGCAUUCUUAUGAGACUUGAUGUGGCAAACUUACUUAAAUGAAUUUUAGAAAACCAUGGUUUAUCGGGAAUACAUUGUUGAAUUAAUUUAUAAUGUUUACCUUUGAUGCGACUACGACUCUUCCCAAGAUAUGCGUAGAUGUACUUUAGGAAGUAAAACAAGAUCAUUGACUAAAUUUUUAUAGGGAAAGACGUCACCACAAUAGGCUAGUUGACCUUUUUU